UUGUCAUUAUUAUCCACUCUGCUCCCAGCUCAGAAUGGCCAGAUUCACUCAGACUGAAACAAGAAGGCAGCACCAUCCACAGCAGUCCCAGCCCGCUCACUCCAGCCUGGUUUUCACCGGACCGGGGGACCCACCGACCCACCAACCAUUCCUACUUCUCCCACAUCAGCACCAGUACUCUCAGAUCACAUUCCCCAAACCCAUGAACGGGUCAGAACCCAUUUCAAUUCAUCCGGAGAACGGCAACAUGAAAGACCAAGAUGCCAUUAAGCUGUUUAUCGGGCAGAUACCGAGGAACUUGGAGGAAAAAGACCUGAAACCUCUGUUUGAACAGUUUGGGAAAAUCCACGAACUGACAGUUCUCAAGGACCGAUACACCGGCAUGCACAAAGGUUGUGCAUUCCUCACCUACUGCGCCCGUGAGUCAGCCAUUAAGGCCCAAAACGCCCUCCAUGAACAGAAGACACUGCCAGGGGUACGUAUUUCCCUCCUCUAUUGACUUGUCCUCUCUCCCCUCC